UUUUUUUUUUUUUGAUGGAGACGCUGGAGAUCGAACAGGGGCCUCAAACAGCAGAUAGCGUUUUAGAAGCGUGCCAGUCGGUGAAGAAUUGGGAGGAAAGGCCGGACUCCGCCUCACGCGGCUCAGGGAAAAGCUUGAUGCGUUACCUCCAGGACAGAGGAGCACCUGCCCCCGGGUGGGGCGGCCGGGCCGUACUAUAAAUGCGGAGCCGCCCGCCGCGGAGCCAGGCGCGCUGCACGAUGGUGGACAGUGUGUACCGCACCCGCUCCCUGGGGGUGGCGGCCGAAGGGCUCCCGGACCAGUACGCGGACGGAGAGGCGGCACGCGUGUGGCAGCUCUACAUCGGGGACACCCGCAGCCGCACGGCCGAGUACAAGGCCUGGCUGCUCGGGCUGCUGCGCCAGCACGGCUGCCAGCGGGUGCUCGACGUGGCCUGCGGCACCGGGGUGGACUCCAUCAUGCUGGUGGAAGAGGGCUUCACCGUGACCAGUGUGGAUGCCAGUGACAAGAUGCUGAAAUACGCGCUUAAAGAGCGCUGGAACCGGCGGCACGAACCGGCCUUCGACAAGUGGGUCAUUGAAGAAGCCAACUGGAUGACUCUGGACAAAGAUGUGCCCCAGCCACCAGGGGGCGGCUUCGAUGCGGUCAUCUGCCUUGGCAAUAGUUUUGCCCACUUGCCAGACUGCAGAGGAGACCAGAGUGAGCACCGGCUGGCACUGAGGAACAUCGCGAGCAUGGUGCGGUCUGGGGGUCUGCUGGUCAUCGAUCAUCGCAACUACGACCACAUCCUCAGCACAGGCUGUGCACCCCCAGGAAAGAACAUCUACUACAAGAGUGACUUGACCAAGGAUAUCACGACAUCAGUGCUGACAGUGAACAACAAGGCCCACAUGGUGACCCUGGACUACACGGUGCAGGUGCCGGGCGCUGGCCAGGAUGGUUCUCCUGGUUUGAGUAAGUUCCGGCUCUCCUACUACCCACACCGUUUGGCUUCCUUCACGGAGUUGCUCCGAGCAGCCUUCGGGGGCAAGUGCCAGCACAGCGUCCUGGGGGACUUCAAGCCUUACAAGCCUGGCCAGGCCUACAUCCCUUGCUAUUUCAUCCAUGUGCUCAAGAGGACGGACUGAGUGCUGAGCGUGGCCUCAGCUCCUAAGACCCUCUGCCCAGGCACUGCCAGAUCUGUCUGGGGAGGUGGGGACUGGCAGCCCCAUACCAAGCCUAACCCCCGGUGCAGACCCUCGGGGUGUGGGGAGGGGCAGACUGCUGCUGGGGGUACGGGGAUUUGGGUUCAGGCAAAUGGAAGCGUGAGCAAUAUAGUCUGUGCCUUUUUCAGUU